AUGGCAAACACAAUACCAGCGGUCACGUCCGCGCAGAAUGUUGUUAUCGACACAUCCUCUCUCUCAGCGUCUUCUUCAUCGUCAGUAUGGGAUCGCAUUUCGAACUGGGUUUCAGAAAAUAAGGCUGUCGUGUACACGGUUGCCGGUAUUGCCGUAGUCGUGACCGGUGGAACAGUCUAUUACCUUUCUACCUCUGGAAAACCAACUGAGCCCGCUGCCCCACGAAAGAGCAAGAAGGAGCGACGAAAAGAGAAGAAGAAAGCCGAGGAAGAGAAGAAGGCCCAGGAAGAAAAGGCUGAAGAGUCCAAAAAGGCCAAGGUAGAAGAACCCGAGGAGCUCCCAGAUGUGGAUGAGACAACUGUUGACUCAUUGACGGAAGAGACCAGAAAAGCUUACGCCCAGAAACUCAAAGCCGCCGGCAACAAGGCUUACGGAUCGAAGGAAUACAACCGUGCGAUUGAACUAUAUGGUAAAGCAAUCCUUUGCAAGCCAGAUCCGAUUUUCUACUCGAAUCGCGCGGCUUGCUGGAAUGUGUUGUCUGAGUGGGACAAGGUGGUUGAGGAUACCAGCGCGGCCCUCGCUAUGGAUAGCGAAUACUUGAAAGCUUUGAAUCGCCGUGCUAUUGCCUACGAACAUUUGGAACGAUACGAUGAUGCCCUCCUCGAUUUCACUGCCAGCUGUAUCAUCGACCAGUUCACCAACCGACAAAGCCGGGAAUCUCUGGAGCGGUUGUUGAAGAAGGUUGCGGAGAAAAAGGCCAAGGAGAUCAUGGAAGCAAAGGGAAAGAAACUUCCUGGAGCUACUUUCGUCACCAACUAUCUUCAAAGCUUCCGCACCAAGCCAUUGCCCGAGGGCCUUGAUGUCGAUGACGUCGACGAGGAGUCGGGCAAGGGACAAUUGCGCAAAGGAUACUUAGCUAUGGAGCAGAAGACUGGUGAGGGCUAUGACGAGGCUUCACAGGCCUUUGAAAAGGCUCUCGAGUUGGGUGAUCUUGGUGAUUACGAAGCCAAUGCAUUGAACAUGCACGCCACCUUUACCUAUCUUCAAGGCAAUGCCUUGGGCGCUCUUGAUGGUCUCAACAAGAGCAUCGAGGCUCAGCCGGCGCUAGUCCAGAGCUACAUCAAGCGUGCUAGUCUGCAUCUCGAACUAGGCAACAAGGACGCUGCCGUUGACGACUUCGAGCUUGCAAUCGCCCACAACAAAGACGAUCCUGACAUCUACUACCACCGCGCGCAACUUCAUUUCAUUCUAGGUGAAUUUGCCGAGGCUGCGAAGGAUUACCAGAAAUCCAUUGACCUCGACCCGGCCUUUAUCUACUCUCACAUCCAGCUUGGUGUCACCCAGUACAAGCUCGGAUCUGUCGCGUCGGCCAUGGCUACAUUUAAGCGCUCUGUUAAGAAGUUUGAGAAUGUUCCUGAUGUUUACAACUACUAUGGCGAGCUGCUUUUGGACCAGCAAGAUUUCCAGGGAGCUAUUGACAAAUUUGACAAGGCGAUUGAGAUGGAAAGCAAGACCAAGCCUACCGCUAUCAACGUACUGCCUUUGAUUAACAAGGCUCUCGGUACUUUCCAGUGGAAGCAAGACUUCAAGGAGGCCGAGAGUCUCUGCCAAAAGGCUUUGAUCAUCGACCCUGAGUGCGACAUUGCCGUUGGUACCAUGGCCCAGCUUCUUCUACAACAAGGUAAGGUCGCUGAGGCCCUCAAAUAUUUCACCCGAGCUGCAGAACUUGCCCGCACAGAGGGCGAGGUUGUCAACGCGAUUUCAUACGCUGAAGCCACACGUACCCAACUCGAGGUCCAAGAGAAGUACCCACAGCUUGCUGCACGCCUACAAACAAUGGGAGCCGGCCUGGGUGGCCCUCCAGGAUUUUGA